AUGGGAAGAUCGGAGGUCGUCUGCUUACUCGGAAUAACAAGCCCGAUCCUACUGAUGUCUGCAACCUGCAGGCCGGUGGCAAUGGAAGGCAUCAAGAAAAGUCUAAAACUGGAGGAUCACAACCUAGAGAUUGUCCAAGCGGAACUCACCCGACCCGAAUUGCGCAUCAUCCGUGUUCCGAUUACUUCUUCUAUGGCUAAGGGCUUAGAGCUGUCGCGAUACUUCCCAUCGGUUGCCGAUGUGCCCGAUGCUUUUGUGGUACCCACCCUGAUUUAUAGCUCAACUCGCAAUCGGACAUUACAUGUGAUGACCGCUUUGGAUGUUGCUCGGAAGACACCUGGGAGCUCGUUGAGACCCAAUUCGACUUUUGUCCGCCGUUUUCAUUCGUGCACUGGGGAGAAGGACAAGAUUAAACUGAUUGAAGAUUUCGGAAAUGGAGAGUUGCCUGUCAUCUCUUGUACAAUGGCGUUGGGGAUGGGCCAAAACUGGUCCAGAGUGCGAUGUGUGAUUCAAAUGGGGCGGGCUGAGCCUUCGGCGAUCUGCCAGAUGAUUGGGAGAGCCGGACGAGAUGGAAGAGCGGGCCUGGCUAUCAUCUUUGUGGAGAAGACCCGGAAAAAUGGGAAGAACAAGGUCGCCGCUUUUACUAAACCUGACAGUCAGGGGGAUACCGAUCGAAUGGACGCUUUGGCAGUGACACCGGUUUGUCUGAGGAUUGCGUUUGCGGUGGACAAUGCACUUGGAUACAUUCCAUUGUCAGUUGAUGACCCAUCUUACAAGAUCGAGAAGGCACGGGAAGAAGCCGAGCAAUUUGUGAAAUGCAAAUGCUCUAAUUGCAUGCCACAGGCGGCGGAGGGAUUAAUGAAGAACUUCAGCCAAAUGACAACCAAUAACAUGGAUACUUUCAUGGACGAGGAUUGGUCUGAUCAUGUACAAGAGAAAAGAAGCAACAAGAGAAAAGGCCAUCCCAACCCCUCAGAGGACAUCGAUCGUUUGAAGCGAGUGAAGCUGACCGAUGACCUUGCGACCAUCUUGAAGGCACGCCUUCGAACCAAUUUCGAUGAAUUCUUUGAUAGUACAGUGAAGAAUAAGUCGUUGUUUGGGCCUGAAGAUCUGUUUGGGGACCUAGAGAUAGCCUCUAUUAGGCGGCCUUGA